GGGAGCGCGCCGUCACGUGAGUGAGGGCCGGCGGGACGGACCACGCGGAGCGCUGGGCGGGGGGAGUGUCCCCAGGCUGUGUCCCCUGCUCCGUGUGCCGGACCCGUCCCUCACAGCCGGGCUGCGAUGGCGGCUAGCGGUGCGCUGAGUGCCCUGCGCCUCCUGGCCCGGCCCCGGCUGCCGCUCUGUGCCUGCACCCGCAGCAAUUCCAACCGCGCGGCCAUCGGGCACCUGCAGCGGCAGCGCUACGGCCGCCUGUACCCCAUGCUGCUCGUCAGCACCGACGGCUCCACCGUGCGCCUGCGCUACGGAGAGCCCAAGAGGAUCCUCAUGAUGCCCCUGGACAGCAACACGCUGCCCGAAGCCGAGCGCAGGGCUCGUCUGCGCCGGCAAUUCCCCACCAAGCCUAAGGCCAAGGAGGAGGAAACCUUCGAGGGCAUCGACCUGGACACCUACAAGAAGUUCUGGAAGAAGUGAAGCGCUGAAAGCAGGAUUGUUUAAAUGUAUAAAUAAAUGUAUAAAUGAAAAUGUUCAA